UAAUUACUUAGUUUUGGAAUGUAUUUUUUGUUCAAUGCACAGACCUGUUACACUCCUUGACCUUUGUGACACUGCAGAGUGACAGUGAAUCUCAAUUGAGCCCGAGAUGAUGUCACUCUCUGUCUUGUGAUGGAACGUGAUCACUUCAUCUUCAAGUGGGUGGGGGCUGAGGAAGACUUAAUGGCUUCUUUCUUUGUGCCUCCUACAGGCAGUAGUUGCUUUAUGGUUGUCGUUUUUUUGUUGUGCACUCCCCCGCAUGUCCGUUAUUAAACUGCCCUUAUGACAAGGCUAAUAGGCUCACAUUUCACUGUCAAGCCUUCAUUUUAGGCCUUCUCUUUUUUCCUCUGGUCAAAGUCUACUGUGGGUGCGUACCUGUGUUUACCUUCACCUCCUCCGCUGCAGGAGAAACCCGUCUAUCGUCUUUCUCGCGGCCCAGCCCAUUAGCUGUGUUGCUCCCAUCCCCCCGUUUGCCUCCCUACCUCCAUCCAAUCCCAGAGAAUGCACCUGAGCAGAUUUGCCUUCAGGGCCCCGCACCUAAGAGCGAGCUGAUUGGCCAGGUACUAGCCGCCUGCCCGUGGGCCGCUCUCUACCAAUGGCGUCGAAGCUGCGUGACUCAUAGGGAGAGGACGGCUCGCUUCACGACACUUCUCCUUUUUUUAUUUUUCUACCUCCAACUCAUUCGUGGUGACUUCUUCAUGUUUUUUUUUUUUUUUUCGAUUACCCGCCCUCCCUUUCUCGACUCAUCUUUCUGUUUUUUUGCCCUGAGAAAGAAGGUGUAGAACGGGCCUUUGGUUGGCUGGUGCACACCUUUGGUUGUUGCUUCAAAGGCUCUCUUUGGAUUAUUCCCCUCCCUACCUUGUUUCGCCCUUUUGUUUUUGACUUUUUCAUUGGUUGCAUCGAUGUCAACGCUUGUUUUGACGCCUUCCACGAUGGAUCUUGUCACCUGCAUCCUGUUUAUUUGAGGUAUAGAUGCUCCACUUGGAUCCCGAGCGGGACCAGGCUGCUUCCAGCAGGUCCAGGCUGAUCCUCUGAAUCUCUGCUCAGGGGUCCUAAAAAGACUAAGAGGCCACUUUCUGCCCUGAUCGUCCACUUCAGAGCUCUGUAGGGGGCGCUGUCCGUGUGGAGAAGGAGCCAGUGUGGUCACCACCAUGACCACCGCAGCGCAGCCCAAUGAACUAGUGUUUGAAUUUGCCAGUAACGGGAUGGAUGAAAUCAACCAGCUGGACGACCCGUCUGUGUUCCCCGCCGUGAUCGUGGAACAGGUGCCCACCACUGAUCUGUUGCAAGUAUACUCUGGCCUGGAGUCGGAUGAGGUGACCAAUGGCAUCAUGAUGGACAAUGCAAUGCAUGUUGUGGAGGCUCCCUCCAUCCUGGUGGGAGGCGUGGACCUCUCAGAAACUGUCUCGGGUGCAGAAGACAGCAUGGAGACAAACGAGGCCGCAGCGGCUCUGCUCAACAUGGAGUCACCAAAUAACAUACUGGAUGAGAAGCGCAUGCUUCACAAUUACAGCGUACUGCUGGAGGCAGACCUAACGUACGCACCCCUAAGACCCGACCACAUGGAGAACGGCGCCCUUGACAUGUCGCUGGACGAGGACACAUCAUCCAUGGACGAGAUCCCCCCGAGGUGUCCCUUGAAGCCGCAGAAAAAAAAUAAAGUGAGGAAGCCUCGGGCAGUGCGCUCCUGCUCCCCCAUCUCCACCCCCAGCCUUCCACUGAGGAAAAAGAGCAAAGAGGGCAAAGGCAACACCAUCUACCUGUGGGAAUUCCUUCUGGCCUUACUGCAGGACAAAAACACCUGUCCCAAAUAUAUCAAGUGGACACAGCGGGAGAAAGGCAUAUUCAAGCUGGUUGACUCCAAGGCUGUCUCUAAGCUUUGGGGCAAACACAAGAACAAGCCCGACAUGAACUAUGAGACCAUGGGACGAGCGCUCAGGUACUACUACCAGCGAGGCAUCCUGGCAAAGGUGGAGGGUCAGCGUUUGGUUUAUCAGUUCAAGGAGAUGCCAGACGACCUGGUGGUGAUCGAGGACGAUGACGACGCCGGGUCCGACUGUCACAACGAGUAUGGACACCAAAGGCCAUCCAACGGGAGGUCUGUGGCGCGAGGGGGCUCCAGAGGGAGGGCUCACCAGCAGGUCAAGCAGGUCAAGAAAGAGCCCAUUGAGCAAAACCUGCAGCGGGAAGUGCAGGGAGGACAAGCGGAACAACUCCUGCAAAUACUGCAGGGUAACCCUGGGACAGACAUCAGGCCCAUGAACGCUUCUGCUUCGCUCCCAGUUGUCUUGACAUCCUCUGGUUCUCUUCAGCCCCUUCCACUUACCACCGUUCUCCCCAACGGUGACUCCAGUCACUGCUCCGCCCCGGGUGUCCUACUCCAGUCCAUUCCUCCCACCACUACCGUAGCCAAUGAUGUGCUGACAAUCCAGGCUGCCAACGGCCUUCAGGAGGGUCUCCCCCAACAGUUGCUGGUCACCAACCUCGGCCCGUCUGCCAUCUCUUCCUCGUCCGCCACCUGCCCGUCCUCCAUCACACCCGCCUCCAGCCUCCCCCGCCUGCUCACCAUCAACACCACCUGUGGGCAGACCAUGGUGGCACAGCAGCCCGGCACCGUCAUCGCCACCGUGCUGAAAUCGGGCGACUUGUGUGGGUUGCAAGUGAAAGAGGAAAUGAUGGACUCCAGCUAUCUCCAGUCCAUGGUCAACUGCGACCCUACCCUGGCCAACACAUUCGCCAAGGAGGAGAUAGACAUUGGUGAGGCCGAGCUGCAGUACCGGACUGUCAUCAUUGACGCCAGUCACAACUACGGGCAGGAGCCCGCCGGUGAGACGGCCUUCAAUGGACUCCCAUCCCAGAGCGGCAGUCCGUGCGAAGGCCUCACCCCUGUGGAGGAGCUGGAGGUGCGAGGGGAGAUGUCCCUGCAGCCCCAGCAAGCCAUCAAAGGGCUGCAGGAGCUUCCCCUUUCUGUGCAGAUUCCCGCAAACUUUAUCCAGAUAAAGACCGAGCCCGCAGAGGCCUGACAGGCUUCAAGCAAAAGUAACACGAGGACCAAUUGGACUUGGUAGAAGUUUUUUUAUUUUAUUUUAUUUUAUUUUUUUUAUUUUCAUCCACAUUGCUGCAAUCUGAUCCAUGAUCAGACGUCCCUCAAUCAAGGUUGCUCAGUUCAGCCUCAGGAUUGAAUCGUUUACUCACUUUUUUGUGAUAAUGUGCCUAAAGAAAUAUAUCGAGGGAGUCUUUCAUAUUUUUCAAAGAUGUCACAUUUCAGAUUUUGGACAUGUAAAGAUAUUCACACACCAAACUCCCUUAAGGAGAAGAGCCAUUGGAUGAAGCAGGGAUGCCUGUCUGCCAAAUGUGCCAGUUAUUGUCUUAAAUCUCAGUGGACUUGUAAAUUGUGAAAAAAGAAGAGGCUUGGCUCGGUACAAACCAAAACACGAGGGACUGAAUACAAACCAGUUUGAGGAAAUUGGACCAUGAACCAAUGUGCUCGAGUGAAGACCCACGCUGGCAAAGAGGACCUUGAUGGAUGGCUUUUGGGACUUUCACCGGGACUAGUUUAUUUUCUUAGAAGCGAAAAAAAAAAGGCAAGCAUGUCCUCUGCAUUGCUCUUUGCUUCCGAACUGUAGAAUAGGGCAUUUAUUAAAAAAUGAAAAAAUGAAAAAUGAAAAAAGAAGAAAAAAACAGUGGACUGGAGGCAAAGACAGAAAGAAAUCUUUUUUAAAUCAGCCUUGUGCUUCUGAGGCUGAAAUCUUGUUGAUACGAAAUGGAAUAUGCAUGGAUCUCACUAUGUAUAUACGUACGAAUGAUAUAUACGCUUGAGAUUCAUUACUAAGGCCACGGCAAUUUUUUAUUUAUUUUGUGAAUUUCUAAAUUCUGUAUAAAAAGGCAAAUUUUUACUCUAUUUACAUGAGGGAAAAUACAAAGAAUAUACACUUUGAGAUUUAGGAAGACAUAAUGUUUUUCCUCAUGACUGUAUAAACAGCCUUUUUUUUUUUUUUUUUUCCCCUGGUUUUUGUUCCCCUUUGCGUUUGUACAUAUGCUGCUUCGUGUGUGUAGAACCUUCUCUCUGCUCCGCAAGCUGACACAUUUACAGCCUUACGAAUCAGUGUCAAAAGAAUCAGUCAGUAUGGGUAUAUAAAAGUCAUAUAUCAGAUUUCAUUGCCUCUUCUGUAUCAGUGCUGUUUUCUUCAUUUUAAAGUUCCCUCCCGGCUCCUGCUCUUGUGUGAGUUCCAACGUGUUCCUGCUCUUAAUGGUGACGACCCCCGAGGCCAAACUUGUGAUGGGCCCCAAACGGCCUGGCCGCAUUGAUUCACAGCGCUGCGCCUAAAUUGGCUAAACUUUCCCUAAAGUGGAUUGAGGUGCGGUGGGGACAUGCAGACACGCUGACCUUGAGGCGCAGAGCAGGAGUUUUUCAACUUAAGUCUUGUUCGUUUUCUUUUAAGAUCUGUAAAGACAAGCUGAAUGUAUGCAUAAUGUUGAAAUAUAUGCAAGAUUAUGACAAUCUUUAAUUACACUGGAGACAUUUUUUAAAAAUCCAGAUCUUGUCUUUGCUGCUGCUCCCCCUUCCAGCUCUGUAUGUAUACCUUAAAUGUAGACCGCCCUCGCCUUAAAGCACUGUUGUUUGUGACUGUUGAUUGUCAUUUGCCUUUAUGCUGAAUAUAGAGUCGAUUUCUAUGGCUUCCUGGAUGUCUUUUGUUGUGGCACAGUAAAUUUCCCAAAAUUACACAGCAGAGAAAAAAGGAAACAACAAGUACAAAAAACAGAAACAUUAAAAUCCGAGACCAACAGUUGGUGAAGGAGUCCAGUCAUUUAGUACUUUUGCAUGAAACACGUACACUAAUAACACCAAAAUUUUUUCUUCUCAGGGCCGUUUUCUGAAAAAAUGAAGGAAGCAAGGGCAGAACAACUUUUGGAAAAUUGUGUAACAAUUACCAAAGUUAGCAUAGGUUGAAAGUCUAGGUCGUCACUAGAUCUGAUUCUGGGGCACAGUGAGGCACUGGCAAGCAAGCAACAUUUUUUUGUUUUUGUUUUAGCACUUAUCUAUCAUAAAAGUCAGAAUAACACUAUAAACUAUGUGUGAUCUGAUAAAAAAAAAUCAAAGUUUCUGUAAAAAAAAAAAAAAAAAGUUUUUUUGUUUUUCAGCCAUCAGUAUUCAAAAUCAAAAUUGGGACAUCCUUUGUUGAUAGUCAAUUCCCCUCUUCUCAUGCUUAUCAACUUCCAUCUGUCCUUCACCUCUUCCUACAGUCUGCUGCUCUACCUUGUCUGACAGAAAUGGGGAUAUAUAUAUAUACUCUAAGUGUUAUGCAAUUAAUUAAUGUUUCUCAAGUGGUAAGUUGUGACCUAAAAGUGGUUUAUGUUACCUAGGUGGGUUACCUAGUUUAGCUCUCUCAUUCCUUCUUGCUGCGAGCAAAUAAAUUUUAAUAUCCAUUUGCAAAACUAAUGCUGUUUGAGUCAAAUACAGUGUGGCAAAUAAGUAUUUAGUCAACCACCAAUCAUGUGAGUUCUCCUACUUUAAAAGAUUAGAGAGGCCUGUAAUUGUCAAAAUGGGUAAACCUCAACCAUGAGAGACAGAAAGUGGAAAAAAAACAGAAAAUCACAUUGUUUGAUUUUUAAAGAAUUUAUUUCCAAAUUAGAGUGGAAAAUAAUUAUUUGGUCACCUAUAAACAAGCAAGAUUUCUGGCUGUCAAAGAGGUCUAACUUCUUCCAACGAGGCUCCACUCGUUACCUGUAUUAAUGGCACCUGUUUUAACUCAUUAUCGGUAUAAAAGACACCUGUCCACAAGCUCAGCUCCAAACUCCACUAUGGCCAAGACAAAAUUGUAGACCUGCACCAGGCUGGGAAGACUGAAUCUGCAAUAGGUGAAACGCUUGGUGUAAAGAAAUCAACUAUGCGAGCAAUUAUUAGCAAAUGGAAGACAUACAAAACCGCUGAUAAUCUCCCUCGAUCUGGGGCUCCAUGCAAGAUCUCACCCCGUGGCGUCAAAAUGAUAACAAGAACGGUGAGCAAAAAUCCCAGAACCACACGGGGGGACCUAGUGAAUGACCUACCGAGAGCUGGGACCACAGUAACAAAGGCUACUAUCAGUAACAUAAUGUGCCGCCAGGGACUCAAAUCCUGCACUGCCAGACGUGUCCCCCUGCUGAAGCCAGUACACGUCCAGGCCCGUCUGCAGUUCGCUAGAGAGCAUUUGGAUGAUCCAGAAGAGGACUGGGAGAAUGUGUUAUGGUCAGAUGAAACCAAAAUAGAACUUAUUUUGUAGAAACACAGGUUCUCCUGUAUGGAGGAGAAAGAACCUUGAAUUGCAUCCGAAGAACACCAUACCCACUGUGAAGCAUGGGGGUGGAAACAUCAUGCUUUGGGGUUGUUUUUCCGAAAAGGGACCAGGACGACUGAUCUGUGUAAAGCAAAGAAUGAAUGGGACCAUGUAUCGAAAGAUUUUGAGUGAAAAUCUCCUUCCAUCAGCAAGGGCAUUGAAGAUGAGACAUGGCUGUGUCUUUCAGCAUGACAAUGAUCCCAAAAACAGAGCCAGGGCAACAAUGGAGUGGCUUCGAAAGAAGCAUUUCAAGGUCCUGGAGUGGCCUAGCCAGUCUCCAGAUCUCAACCCCAUAGAAAAUCUGCGGAGGGAGUUAAAAAUCCGUGUUGCCCAACGACAGCCCCAAAACAUCACUGCUCUAGAGGAGAUCUGCGUGGAGGAACGGGCCAAAAUACCAGCAACAGUGUGCGAAAAGCUUGUGAAGAGUUACAGAAAACGUUUGGCCUUCGUUAUUGCCAACAAAGGGUACAUAAAAAAGUAUUGAGAUGAACUUUUGGUAUUGACCAAAUACUUAUUUUCCACCAUGAUUUGCAAAUAAAUUCUUUAAAAAUCAAACAAUGUGAUUUUCUGUUUUUUUUUUUUUUUUUUUUCCACAUUCUGUCUCUCAUGGUUGAGGUUUACCUAUGUUGACAAUUACAGGGCUCUCUAAUAUGUUCAAGUGGGAGAGCUUGCACAAUUAAUGGUUGACUAAUACUUACUGUAUUUGUAAAAAUAAAAAAAUAUAUAUCUUGUCGCAGAUUUCAGGGACUGCAGUGACAAAUAAAAUGCUUGUAAAAAAGCUGGAAAUUAUGAUGGGCACACAUACAAAAUUAUUAGCGGUUAUAUCCCAA